AUAAAUAUAAAUAGUCGCUCUUAAAUAUCUUCAUCGUAUCAACCUUUUUUCCCACUCUCUUAGGUCCUCGGCUCUUGCUUGUAGUUUCCUUUUCCUCCCCAAAACCCUUCCAAAGCUAGGUUUAGGGUUUUUCUCUCUAAGGUUUUAAUCUUUCUCUUUCUAGGGUUUUUAGGUUGACUGAAAUACAUAAUAUCAUUUGGUUUUCCGUUCAAUCGGAAAAUUGAUUUAUUUGUUCGUUUUUUUUCUCUUUGGAUCUGGAUCUGUGAUUUUCUUAUCGUUAAAAGAAAUUUUUUGAAUGGAUACUCGUAAAAGAGGAAGGAAUGAAGCUGGCUUCAACUUUAAUGGCGGCAUCAAGAAAUCUAAGCCAGAAUUGGAAUCUUUAUCAACUGGUGUAGGAAGCAAAUCGAAGCCAUGCACCAAGUUUUUCAGCACUGCUGGUUGUCCAUUUGGUGAGAGCUGCCACUUCUUGCACUAUGUUCCAGGAGGUUACAAUGCAGUGGCGCAGAUAAUGAACCUUGCACCAGCUGUUCCUGCAGCUUCUAGAAGCAUGGCAGCAUCUGCUGCCAUCCCUAAUGGAUCUGCCCCUGCAGUCAAAACUCGCUUGUGCAACAAAUUUAGUAGUGCUGAAGGUUGCAAGUAUGGUGACAAGUGUCAUUUUGCACAUGGAGACUGGGAACUUGGCAAGCCUAUUGCUCAAUCUCAUGAUGAUCCCCGUACCAUGGCACCUAUUCCUGGUCAUAUGGGCAGCCGGAUGGAGCCCCCACCCCCAUCAGGUCCUGCUGCUAGCUUUGGUGCCUCAGCCACUGCAAAAAUUAGUGUGGAUGCUUCCCUUGCUGGGGCCAUAAUUGGCAAGGGUGGUGUGCACUCCAAGCAGAUAUGUCGUCGAACAGGAGCAAAACUUUCUAUUCGGGAGCAUGAGUCAGAUCCCACCCUUAGGAAUAUUGAGCUUGAAGGAUCAUUUGAGCAAAUUAAACAAGCCAGUGCAAUGGUUAGAGAGCUUAUCAGCAGCCUUGGUCCUGUCCCAGGUCCUGCAAAACCGCCUGGUGUCACUGGUGGUCAAGGGCAUUCCGGAAGCAACUACAAGACAAAGUUGUGUGACAAUUUUGCAAAGGGAAGUUGCACUUUUGGAGAAAGAUGUCACUUUGCACAUGGUGCAGCUGAGUUGCGAAAGACAGUAGUGUGAGGGCUACUAGUUCUGUCCAAGUAGUUGAUAGCAUGAGAUAUUAUGCAGUCUUGUAUGAGUGAGAGCCUUUUUUAACAUGCUAGAUGUGCAAUACUAUCUAGUGGAAGUGAUACGAGUAAGGGUUUCUUGACCUUCUUUAGUCUCGGUACUUUUUUAUUUGUAACUUCCAGAUUUAGUAUCUGCAAUUUUCCCUGUCUCUGAGUUUCCUUUAAUCUUUAAUGUGAUUUUGUAAACUUAGGGCAGAUAAUAAUUUUUUUUUCUUUUGGUUGGUAGGGAAGAUAAUCAUGUUGUUAGGCUUAAACAUUGCAAACGUUGGAGUAUUUUAUGUCUUUUAUCUCUUCCGAGACAUGAUUACAUCUAUAUUUUGAUAGUUUGAGAAUAUAUUGGUUUGUUGUGUAUCUAGAACUAAGUAAUUGACCCUGGAAGAAGCAAAUUAAAGAGCAAACAUCAUGCUUACAGUCAUCACUCCCGGGAUGGGUUGUUGGCCAAGAUUUUUAUUUUCAUAACGGAUUCCAUCGUCUUCUAUUGGUGCUAUUACUGGACAUAAAUAAAGUAAAAUCUAACUCAAUUUCAAUGGCGGGCA